AUGAUCACACCCAGGGCUCCCUUGUUGUUUUCCCUGUUCCGUCACUCUGUGCCAAACACAAGGUGUUCAUAUUUUCGCAAUCAUGUGGACCUCCAAAAUUUCUAUUCGCAAUAUUUGCGAUCCUUUGUUUCUUCGUCCAGAAGUGAAGAGCAUGGAGAAAUAACCACCUCCCCAGGUGAAACACUCAUCCCUAUGGAGGGCGUUCAUACCAUUGUAAAUAGCGAAAAUCUUUCCAACUAUUCAGCCCAAAAUACUGCUAAAGAAGAUUUCUCUGGUAAAAAAAAUUGGACUGGCACCAUCGAUACGCAGGCUUUAAUUGAUGCACUUUCUUUGCAAUUUACCACGGCUCAGGCGGAGGCCCUGGUUGUGGUCAUGCAAGAUAUUGUCCGAGAAAAGCUUUCAACCGGAGUGAUCUCAAAACAGCAAAUAGAUACCGACUCCCAAAUGCUUAAAGCGCGAUGUCAUGAGAUUAGGUUGGAUCUUCAAAUCCAGCAAUCAAAAAAUGCCACUGCAAGGAAAGCGUUGCACGAGCGGUGUACAAAUGAAAUCCAGUCGACCAUUGAAAAGCUUCGAGAUGGCGUCGAUAUGUUGCAGUCUGAUGCCAGAAUGCGGCUUUCGCUUUUCAAGAGUGAAAAUAGAGAGGAACUCUCAAAAAUUGACUCAUCCGUGCACCAUGAAAAUUCACAGCUUGCCUUACAAAUUUCGGACAUCAAGACAUUUAUGGAGGGCGUCAAAGUACGCCUUAUGUUCAAGUUUACGAUCUUUCUAAUCUUUGCUCUGUUGGCUCUUGUCCUGGAAAAAAAUAUCAAGAAGAGCAGAUUGGAUACACCGAGCAAAAGGCCAUCUGUGGAGUCAUCAAAUGGCUCUUCACAGCCCGAUGUGCUUCCCACAACGGAUGAGUUACUUUUAUGA